AUGUCCGAAACCUUGUUGAAGCCGGAGAAGGACUUCUCCAAGGAUGCUGACAAGCUAAUCCCCGAGGCAGAGCAGCUUGCCAAGACCGAUGUGCAAGGUGCCAUUGAUAAGCUUCUGGUGUUGGAGAAGCAGGCCAGACAGGCUUCCGAUCUGGCCACCACAUCCCGAAUUAUCGUUACAAUUGUCACAAUCAGCAAGGACUCCGGCGACUGGACCCUCCUGAACGACCAAGUGCUGCUGCUCUCGAAGAAGCAUGGUCAGCUCAAACAAGCUAUAACGAAGAUGGUACAGGUGGUGAUGGGAUUCCUGGACGAGACCCCCGACCUGGAGGUCAAGCUCUCAGUUAUCUCCACGCUACGGACGGUCACCGAGGGAAAGAUCUUCGUUGAAGUCGAGCGCGCCCGUGUCACCCGUAUCCUCUCCAACAUCAAGAAGACCCAAGGCGACCUCCAGGCCGCCGCCGACAUUCUCUGCGAGCUGCAGGUAGAGACGUUCGGCUCGAUGAGCCGAAGAGAGAAGACAGAGUUCAUCCUGGAGCAAGUGGCCCUGUGCAUAGAACGGGGUGACUGGACGCAAGCCACGAUCCUCAGCCGCAAGAUCAACAAGCGGUACUUCGCCCGCAAGCCGAAGAAGAGCGCCGAGGAGAUCGAGAAGCUGAAGAAAGAGGCCGAGGAGCGGGAGAAGACCCGCCAGCCCGAUGAGCCGCCCAUGGAGGUGGACGACGACGUGACCGACCUUAAGCUGCGCUACUACGAGCAACAGAUCAUCCUCGCCAACCAUGACUACAAAUACCUGGACGUGUGCAAGCACUACCGUGAGGUGUUGGAUACGGACUCGGUCCAGAACAACCCGGAGCAGCUUCACGCAGUUCUUGCUCGCAUCGUGUAUUACAUCGUUCUUUCACCCUACGACAACGAACAGUCGGACCUCCUGCACCGGAUCCAGCAGGACUCGCGCCUGUCGUCGGUGCCUGUCGAGGCCCGCCUGGUGAAGCUCUUCACCAUCCACGAGCUGAUGCGCUGGCCGAUGGUGGCGGAGCAGUUCGGCCCGCACCUGUGCCAGACCGACGUCUUCAAGGCGCAGCCGAGCCAGUCGGCGGAAGACCAGGCCCACCGGCGGUGGCAGGAUCUCCGCAAGCGGGUGAUCGAGCACAACGUGCGGGUGGUGGCCAAGUACUACACGCGCAUCCAGAUGGGCCGGUUGACGGAGCUGCUGGACCUGGCGGAAGACGAGACGGAGAAGUACAUCAGCGAGCUGGUGACGUCCAAGACGAUCUACGCCAAGAUCGACCGUCCCGCGCGGCUGGUCAACUUCUCGAAGCCGCGCGACGCGGACGACGUGCUGAACGAAUGGAGCAGCGAUAUGAAGAGUCUGCUGGGACUGUUGGAGCGGAUUGAUCACCUGAUCACCAAGGAGGAGAUGAUGGCUCGGAUCCUUCCCACUCGGGGCGAGAAGGGCAAGGCUCGUUGA